UGGUUUGUGGAUUUGUAGUUUAAUUUGGUCUUGAGGUGAGCUGUUGCCUCUUGUCUCAUUAUUUUAUUUCAACUCCCCCCCACAUGGCUUCUGCUUGUCAUAAAUCUCACUUAAUAUUCUACCACCCCUCUCCCUCUCCCUCUCUCUCUCUCUCUCUCCCUCUCUAAAAACGAAACAACACACAUCAUGCAUUCUCACUCUCAAACACCAUGAAUGUUCAUGUUCAUGUUCAUGUUAACAUUAACAAGUAACAACAUGAAUGGUAACACCCAUUUACUCCUUUCUUUUCUAGUCGUGGUCAUUGUUAACACAUGUUUCGGGCUAACAACAGAUGGUAUUCUGUUGCUAGCCUUCAAAUACUCUGUUCUAAAUGAUCCGUUACGGGUGUUAGACACCUGGAAUUACUCCGAUCAGUCACCGUGUUCAUGGAACGGUGUCGUUUGCACCAGUAACCGCCGUGUAACAGAACUCUCACUCCCUAAUUCAAAACUCGUGGCUUCCAUUCCCGCCAACAUAGGGUUGAUUAAACACCUUAGCAAACUCGAUUUAUCGAAUAAUUCGAUCAAUGGGUCUAUCCCGUUGUCGUUAUACAAUGCUACAAAGUUGAAGUUUCUUGAUGUCUCAAAUAAUCUAAUUUCCGGUGAGCUUCCGGAGCUGGUUAAAAAGUUGAAAAGUAUUCAGUUUUUCAACGUUUCCGGUAACUUGUUAACCGGAAAGGUGCCGGAAAACCUUGGUAGCUUAACAAACUUGACCGUUGUUUCUAUGAAGAAUAAUUAUUUUCAUGGGAAUCUUCCGGAUGGGUUUAAUUCGGUUAAAUUUCUAGAUCUGUCUGCCAACUUUAUAACCGGAUCAUUACCUAAAGAUUUUGGAAGUGGUGCUCUUAUAUAUUUUAACGUUUCUCAUAACAACAUUUCCGGUGAGAUUCCGCCGGAAUUUACCAACAAAAUCCCUACAAACGCAACCAUUGAUUUGUCUUACAAUAAUCUCACCGGACCGAUACCGGAAUCCAGUGUUUUCUUCACCCAAGACGAGAAUUCUUUCGCCGGAAACUCAGAACUUUGUGGGAAGCCGUUGGAUAGCCUGUGUUUAAUCCCCUCAUCUGCUACAGUACCACCCAACGUGUCCUCACCGGCGACAUCUCCUCCGGCGAUAGCCGCUAUUCCAAAAUCCGCUGAGUCAACUCGUUCAGGCAAUUCGUCGAACACCUCGAGUGCUUCUUCAAAAACCGGUUUCAAAACCAGCACACUGGUCGGGAUAGUUGUUGGAGACAUCGCGGGGGUUGCAAUUUUGGCUUUGAUUUUCAUCUACAUAUUGAAAAAACGCAGAAGAGUUGCGUCAGACAACAAACAUAAGCAUGAAAACGAAGGAAAUGAGGAACCCAAAGAGUACGACUGGGCAUCGUCGUCGGAAGACCAUGAACGCAAAUGCUUACGUUCGUGGCCAUGUUUAACAAGAGUAAAAGAUAAGGAAGAUACGGAUGAGUCAUCAAUCGAAAGCAUAGGUUCGGAAAACGAGGAAACCAUAGUGACACAAGACAGCAAGUACGAGAAUUCAAUGAGGAAAGAACCCGAAAAGAAAGGCGAGUUGGUGACAGUAGACGGUAGCGGGAAGGAGCUAGAGCUAGAGCCGCUGCUAAAAGCAUCGGCUUAUAUACUCGGGGCUACGGGCUCGAGUAUAAUAUAUAAGGCAGUGCUGGAGGACGGGACGGCGUUGGCGGUUAGACGGAUUGGGGAAAGCGGGUUGGAGCGGUUUAGGGAUUUUGAAAACCAGGUUCGGGUUAUUGCUAAGCUUGUACACCCGAACCUGGUUCGGAUCCGCGGGUUUUAUUGGGGUGUUGAUGAGAAGCUUGUUAUUUACGACUAUGUUCCUCAUGGAAGCCUUGCCAAUGCACGUUAUCGAAAAGUUGGAUCUUCACCGUGUCCUUUACCUUGGGAGAUGAGGCUCAAGAUAGCCAAAGGGACGGCUCGCGGGCUAAUGUACAUACAUGACAAAAAACAAGUACAUGGGAACCUCAAGCCGAGUAACAUCCUAUUAGGCUCUGAUAUGGAACCUAAGAUAGGAGAUUUUGGGCUUGAAAGAUUAGUGGUGGGCGAAUACAGUUGUAAAGUUGGAGGUUCAUCUAGAAAUUUCGGUAGUAAGAGGUCAACUGCAUCCCGUGAUAGUUUCCAGGAUGUAACACUCGGGUCAAACCCUAGCCCGAGUCCUAGUGCAAUGGGGUGCAUAUCGCCAUAUUACGCCCCAGAAUCCCUUAGAAGCAUAAAGCCCAAUGCAAAGUGGGAUGUGUUUUCAUACGGUGUGGUGUUGCUAGAACUUUUGACGGGAAAGGUGAUCGUCUCAGACGAGUUUGGGCCCGCUAGCAUGACGUGGAGUUCCACAUUGACGGAUGAAGAGAAAAACAAGGUGUUGCGAAUGGCUGAAGUGUCAAUUCGCGGUGACAUGGAAGGGAAAGAAGAGGCCUUAUUUGCAAUCUUGAAAUUAGGUUAUAAUUGUAUAUCUUCGGUUCCUCAAAAAAGACCACACAUGAAAGAGGUCCUUCACACACUCGACAAGUUCCCUUGUGCUUCUUCUUCUUCUUCGUGGUCACAUAUAAAUUAUUAGGUGGAAAUUAAUAAUUGGAUUUUUCAUGUGAGACGUGUAUUUAUGAAGAAAAUGAAAGGUAGGUGAUCAUGUAUGUUUCUUUUAAGAUAGUAUUGAUUGCAAUUUGUUUAGAAGUAGGGUUCUUAUGUCUCUGAUUUGUUAUUUUUUUAACAUUAUAUCUCACCUAGUUUUCUCAUUUGGCGACUAA